UAGGAUACAAUUACUUGUCCAGCUUGUUGGAUCCGGUGGAGGCGGUAGUGUUAUCAGCAUUUUAUUUGAAUGUGGAGGGUGUUUUGGAUAAAGAUAUUCGACCUUUGUCAGUAUGAAUCAAUGUAUUUCCAUAUAAUUGCUUAUAGCAUUCACACGCCAGUGCUUAUAUAAUAUUGUAUGACUUUAAAAAAACCAAAACCGUUUACCGGUAUUUACCCUUCUCACGUUUCUUUUUAUAUAUUCUUUCAAUUUAAUAUUAACACACACGUUCCACUGCGAGGAGGAUUUCCUGUUUCUUUAGCCAGAAGACAUAGUGAUAUUACUAUUUAAGCUGCAUGAUGGUGGCAAGCGACUUACAGGAGCAUGAACAGCAUGGGAGCACAGCUGAUGAAAACUACACGACUACACCAGAGGGGAAGAAUGUAUUCGAUCCAAAUGGAAACCAGUAUAUGAACGUGACUCCUGAACCAGUGCAGGUCCCUUUUGAAGAUUCGAUACCUCCCGACGAGAACCAGACCAUGCUGCAUGGGCAACCGAAGCCGCUUGAAACCAAAUUAUACAUGCGAAGAUUUGCAGUUUUGAUAGUCUUUAGCCUUUAUUCACUAGUCAACGCCUUCCAAUGGAUCCAGUACAGCAUCAUCACCAAUAUCUUCAUGGACUACUACAAUGUGACAAGCGACAAGAUUGACUGGCUGUCAGUUGUCUACAUGGUCGUCUAUGUGCCUCUGAUAUUCCCCGCAACCUGGUUACUGGAUAAAAAGGGACUUAAGAUCACGGCGCUCUUGGGCGCAGGUUUGAAUUGCAUUGGGGCUUGGGUAAAAUGUGCCAGUGUGAGACCCAACCUGUUUGGGGUGACGAUGUUCGCACAAACUAUAUGUUCAGUGGCCCAGGUGUUUAUUUUGGGUCUACCUUCAAGAAUUGCAUCGGUGUGGUUUGGGCCGAAGGAAGUUUCAACAGCCUGUGCCACCGCGGUUUUGGGAAAUCAGCUUGGUACAGCUAUUGGUUUCCUGCUGCCUCCGGUUCUGGUACCCUACACCAAGAACAAUAUAGAUCUAACUGGCAGCAACAUCAGCAUCAUGUUCUACGGUACAGCUGUGGCGUCUACUCUGCUAUUCAUUUUAACAGUCAUUGUAUUUAAGGAAAAGCCUCCACUGCCGCCAAGCCAGGCUCAGGCUGUGUUGCCAGAGAGCUCUCCCAAAGAUUACUCCUACAAGCAAUCAAUAAUCAACCUCUUCAAGAACUUUUCUUUCCUGCUUUUGCUUGUCAGUUAUGGUAUUUUGACUGGGUCAUUUUACUCUGUGUCAACACUGCUGAAUCAGAUGAUCAUAGUGCACUAUGAGGGUGAAGAGGUAAAUGCUGGCCGUAUUGGACUUACUCUAGUGGUUGCUGGGAUGGUGGGCUCUAUUAUCUGUGGCCUCUGGCUUGAUCACACUAAAACAUACAAACAGACCACCUUGAUUGUUUACCUCCUGUCCUUUAUUGGAAUGGUUAUUUUCACCUUUACACUCAAUCUUGACUACCUGAUUAUUGUAUUUGUAACAGCAGGAGUACUUGGUUUCUUUAUGACAGGAUACCUGCCACUGGGAUUUGAAUUUGGAGUUGAAAUUACAUAUCCUGAGUCGGAAGGAACAUCUUCUGGUCUCCUGAACGCUUCUGCACAGGUAUUUGGAAUUAUUUUCACAUUAAUUCAAGGGAAACUAACAACAGAUUAUAACCCUCUUGCCGGAAAUAUCUUCCUCUGUGCCUGGAUCUUUAUAGGAGUCAUUUUAACAGCCGCAAUCAAAUCUGAGUUGAAAAGACACGAUGUUAAUAUGGGGAUUACAAACAAAGAUGUACAAGCAGUUCCUGUUGAGAGCCCGUCUGAGCCACCCAGCAAUGGCAUCCUCUUAAAAUCAGCACUGGAGGUCUCCCACGAAACAUCAAUAUAACACCUGAGGAGAGACCGAGAAAAAGAGUGUUGAACUGGAAAAGCACAACAUUUUGCUACUGAUCCAGACCUAUUACAGGAGACAGCCCCCUGAGGUCACUAAAUGUGUUUUUUUUUUUUUUAUUUAUUUACUUUUUCAUGUAUUUUUAUAGCAUGAAUUAUUUAUUUUUUUAAUGGAUAUCAUUUUGAAUAAUCAUUCAUUCAAAUCUGACAUCAGUAUGACUGGCCGAAUAGCACUGAUCCAAAUGGCACUGUGUCACUGAGCAGAUACAGACCUUGGUAUAAGGAUUUCCAAGAAUUAAAAUGCUUUAUUUAGGUUUGUACUUUUAUACAUACAUUGUACUUGUUGCACAAACGAUAAACUACCCACUUGUGGACAUGGGACAGUUCAUACAGAAACAUAUUUAGGAGCGGCAGUUAUAUUUAGGAAUGAAGGAUUUCUUGCUGUCUUUUCACUGUGAUUUGUUUACUGAGAUUAGUUCAUGAUUACUCAAUUAUGCUUACGAAAUGUAACCAUUACCUAAAGGGGAUAUAUAUCUUAUAGCCUGAAUUACUUAAAUCAAAGCUGCUCCUUUAUAGGGCCCAGAUAAAUACGAGUGACACAUAAGGCUCAGCGCUAUUUUCUCUUUCAGCCUAUGCCUGAGGAAGAAGUGAGCUUUGACUUUAAGUCAUAACUGCAGAGAAGUUGAUUAUGUUCUGUUUUUUCUUCAGAAACCCAGCGUGCACGUGUUUGCUUUGCUGCUCUUACAACGAAGGCUACUAGAUUUGUUUUUACUUAGCAGGCAACUGGAGCCCCUGUCUGUUUUAGAGUGCAUGCUUGCAGUUUGCCAGUGGCUUUUUCAGGUCUUUACCUGCAUGCCAGUUGUCGUGGUACCAGCCCAGUACCAGUGACUUGCUCUGUCGGUACCAGAGCUUGUACCAGUCACAUGGUCGGUGUCAGAGAAUGUACCAGUCACAUGGUCGGUAUCAGAGAAUGUGCCAAUCACAUGGUUGGUACCAGAGCCAGUACCAGUGACCUUAUAGGUACCAAAGUAGGUACCUGUCACCUUUAUUAGUACCAACCAAGGUUGGUACCAGUCGUACCAGUCAUAUCCAUUGGUUGGACGAGUUGAGCUUAGUCAAUAACCACCUGCUGCUGUUGUCUAAGUGCAUUGGACAGACAUUGGGUAGGAGCACGGCCACAUUUGUUGCGGGAAGAAGACGCUUUUUAGCCCUAUGCAGCGGUGAUGGUAAUGAUCUUCCAGAGAUUCUGGUCCUGAUGGCAGCAGCAUCUCCAGUUCUCCCUUUAGGGCUCCUACACAUGCACCCUCUCCAAGCCUGGUUCAGCCACAGGGUCCUUCACCCUGUCUUGGACCGGCACCGUCUACUCACAGUGUCCUUUGUCAUUGUUUGAAAGCUCUCUCCUGGUGGAAACAACUAGCUCAUCAGUGCUUGGGCAGAGCAAUGUCAUGAGGAGAGAGGUGGUAACCACAGAUGCUGCCAACUUAGGUUGUGGCGCUGUCUGGAACGGCCAGGGGGUGAGGGCAUAUGGAAGCUCCCACGGGGGGGUCUCUACUAAAUGUUUUGUUGCUGCAGACAGUUCAUUUGGCCCUGCAUGAAUAUCCCAGGGAGAUAUAAGGUAGACUUGUGUUGCUCAGCGGACAACACCACCAUGGCGGUGGUGUGUGCUCAUGAACAAUUGUUUUCAGUAAGCACAGUUCACCUGUAGCCCCCAUAGUUUGGUUGUGAACCUCAUCUGGAAGAAUUUCAGGUGCGCGGAGAAUAAUCUCUUGGCGACCCAGGAGUCCAGCCAUUGUCCCCAUAGGUACUCUCUAAUGGAGAGUGGUCACGUUCUCGGCAUAGACGCACUGGCUCACAGAUGGCCCAAGACUGCUUUUCCAGUGUUGCCACUGCUUACACUGCGUUUGGAGAAGAUCAAACAAUACCAGGGUUGGGUGCUGUUAGUAGCCCAGGAUAACCUGGUUCUUGGUACUGGCACAGCUCCUGUACUGUCAGCCAUGGGAAUUGCCGGCCCGUCUUGACCUGCGUGGGGCACCAGACCCAAAGUUCUGCAGCUCUUGGUCUGGCACCUGAGCGGAAACAUUUGAUUCACCUCGGGUUAUCUGACAGGGUAAUUGUCACGCUAAGAAUGCCAGGGCAGCAUCUACACACUACCAUUAUGGCUAUAAGUGGGAUGUCUUUCAGAUGUGGUGUCAGUCGCUUGCACUGAAUGCCUACCUGGCAGCUAUUUUGGCUUGCCAUAUUUAAAGGAGCACAAUUGACAGUCUCCCUAGGAGCACACUUUUGAAGGGUGCUCGGAGGUUAAGGCCCCCUCGAAAGGACCUUGUCCCUCGCUGGCAGCUUAAUGCUGUGCUGGACACAUUUACAGCACUGCCAUUGAAGCUGAAAUUUCUGUCCUUAGACAGCUUUACUGCUUACUAUUACCUCCACCAAGCUGUUAGGUGAAGUACAAGCAUUCACCAGAAAAGAUCACUGGCACUCCACAGGAGGCCUUGCAACCUCCUGGGCGUUAUUUCAGGGUGCAUCUGUCGCAGAUAUUUGCAAUGCUGUAGUAUGUAUAUGCCAUGACCCUUGUCCUUCCUCGACCAGAAUGCUAAAGGCAGUUUAUCUUCCUUUUUAGCACAUCUGCCGGUGCUGCAAGUCCUUCACUUGCGACGGCUCUGGUAUUGUAUCCCAUUCAGUAAUGGUUACAUUUUGUACUUGAAAGGGAAUGUUAGGUUAUUAUCAUAACCCUGGUUUUCUGAAAUAGAAAUGUAACCAUUAACCUUCCAGAUCGGCGCAGCAGGCCUGAAGAGAAAAUGGUGCUGAUCCUUAUGCGUCACUCGUAUUUAUCUCCUGGGGGCGGAGACAAUGUCUGACGCAUACAGGGCUCUUAAAGGAGCAGCUUUGAUAUAAGUGCUCAGGUAAUUUGGUAUAUCCCCAUUAGGUAAUGGUUACAUU